AUGGAUUACGAGUCGCUGAAGGAGCAGUGGGGGGAGAUAGAGGACAGAGAUGGCGUCCGCCUCAGCUGGAACACCUUCCCCAGCUCGCGCAUGGAAGCUUCGCGCCUCGUCGUCCCCAUUGGCGCCCUCUACACCCCUCUAAAGGAGAAAUCGGACACCCCACUGUUGCAAUACGAGCCCGUCACCUGCAAAGCUCCCUGCAGAGCCGUUCUCAAUCCGUUCUGCCAGGUCGACAUGCGAGCCAGACUGUGGAUAUGCCCCUUCUGUCUGCAACGAAACGCCCUUCCUCCGCACUACAAGGACAUCUCCCAGGAUGCGAUACCGCCCGAGCUGCACCCCAGCAGCACGACGAUCGAGUACCGGCUGGCGCGCCCUGCGCCCUCUCCACCUAUCUUCGUGUUCGUCGUCGAUGCGUGUCAGGAGGAGGACAGCUUGAAGGCGCUGAAGGACUCGAUAAUCAUGAGCUUGAGCCUGCUUCCCCCGUACGCUUUGGUCGGUCUCAUCACAUUUGGGACCAUGGCGCAGGUGCACGAGCUUGGAUACACCGAGUGCCAGAAGUCGUACGUCUUUAGGGGAAGCAAAGAGUACACCGCCAAGCAGGUUCAGGAGAUGCUCGGUCUGUUAGCACCAGGUCUUCGACCGAAUAUGCAGCAGCAGCCUGGCCGGGCACCCCCGCCGAUGGGUCCUGCUGCGCGCUUCCUCCUGCCGGUUCAGCAAUGCGAGUUCCAGCUCACGAAUGCCCUCGAGCAGCUACAGAAGGACCCAUGGCCAGUUGCGAACGACAGGCGAGCCUUACGCUGCACCGGUGUGGCUUUGAGUGUUGCUGUCGGCCUGCUAGAAACGUCGUUCCAGAAUGCUGGUGGAAGGAUCAUGCUGUUCACAGGCGGUCCGGCGACAGAGGGACCAGGAAUGGUGGUUGGGCCAGAGCUCAGGGAACCCAUCAGGUCACAUCACGAUAUCGACCGGGAUAACAUCAAGUACUACAAGAAGGCGCUAAAGUUCUACGACGCCCUGGCCAAGCGGACAGCGCACAACGGCCACAUCAUCGACAUCUUCGCAGGCUGCCUAGACCAAGUCGGCCUCCUCGAAAUGAAGGGCCUCUCAAACUCCACCGGCGGCCACAUGAUCCUAACCGACAGCUUCACCUCCUCGAUGUACAAGCAAUCCUUCGCGCGCAUCUUCGACAAAGACGAAAACGACAACCUCCUCAUGGGCUUCAACGCCUCGCUCGAAGUCCUCACGACCAAAGAACUCAAAGUCACCGGCCUGAUCGGCCACGCCGUCUCCAUGAACAAAAAGUCCGCCUCCGUCGGCGAGACGGAGUGCGGCAUCGGCAACACGUGCUCCUGGAAAAUGUGCGGCAUCGACCCCGCGGCCAGCUACGGCAUCUACUUCGAGAUCGCGGGCCAGGGGGGACCCAACCAGAUCGGCCAGGGCCCGCAGAAGGGCAUGAUCCAGUUCCUGACUUACUACCAGCACUCGACGGGCCAGUACCACCUGCGCGUCACGACCGUAGCGCGCAACCUCAGCGGGCCCUCGGGCGACCCGGCCAUCGCGCAGUCCUUCGACCAAGAAGCCGCCGCAGUGCUAAUGUCGCGGAUCGCCGUCUUCAAAGCCGAAGUGGACGACGGGCCCGACGUGCUGCGGUGGGUAGACCGGAUGCUAAUCCGGCUCUGCGGCCGCUUCGCCGAGUACAGAAAAGACGACCCGUCGUCGUUCCGACUGGAGAAGAACUUCACGCUCUACCCGCAAUUCAUGUUCCACCUACGGCGCAGCCAGUUCCUGCAAGUGUUCAACAACUCGCCCGACGAGACGGCGUUCUACCGGCACGUGCUGAACCACGAGGACGUGGGCAACUCCCUCAUCAUGAUCCAGCCGACCCUCGACUCGUACGGCUUCGACCACGAGGGCUCCCAGCCCGUGCUGCUGGACUCGACCUCCAUCCAACCCGAAACCGUUCUGCUGCUCGACACCUUCUUCCACAUCCUCAUCUUCCACGGCGAGACGAUGGCCGAGUGGCGCAAGGCCGGGUACCACGAGCAGGAGGGCUACGAGAACUUCAAGGCGCUGCUGGAGGCGCCCAAGGAGGAUGCGAAAGAGCUGAUCCAGGACCGUUUCCCGCUGCCGCGGUUCAUCGUUUGCGAUGCGGGUGGCUCGCAGGCGCGGUUCUUGCUGAGCAAGCUCAAUCCGAGCACGACGCACACGACGAGUGGGGCGUAUGGCGGCGUGAGUCAGACGGCCCAGACGAUCUUCACGGAUGACGUCAGUUUGCAGACUUUUAUGGAUCAUUUGAUGAAGUGA